AUGAACAUCCUGAGCCGCUGCUACCGGGAGCUCUUUGGCCAGCAUGGCACGAGUCUCUUUGAUUUGCCAGUCGUGUCACAGGCCCCUAUUUCGGUUUUCCAGGCCUUACAGCAUUGCCAUCAUAUUGAGGUCCAGCCGGUCUCAGAUCGGGGGGGUCAGGUCAAGGUGCGUGGACGUCGGGCGUGUCGCAUCCCAGGGGGCACCAUGAAACUGGUUGCCGUAACAUGCUCUGCACAGUACUCAAGUGGUACAGUUCUGUUUGAGCCAUCAGAUUCUGGUCUUCCAGCAGGUUUGUUGGCGUCUCCUGCAUUAGUCCAGGUGGACAAUGGUACGGCCUAUGUCCCUGUUGUUAAUGUGGGCACUGGGGAUGUCGUGAUAUAUGCUAGCACGGUUGUAGGUACUCUCAACCACGGUUAUAUUGUUAGCUUGCCCUCAGAGGUUACUGAAGUUCAGGAGGUUUCAGCUAGGGUGAGUACACAAGUGGCGCAGGCUUCACCGUCUGUACAAGAGCAGAUCAGGGCAAUAGAUUUGUCUAUGUUAUCAGUAGAGGAACAAUGUAAGGUGAGGGCUCUACUUGAAGACUAUUCAUCUGUGUUUUCCAUACAUGAUGGGGAUUUGGGUUGUACCAAUCUCAUCUCCCAUGACAUUCCUUUGUUAGAUGAGAUCCCCGUGCGGCAGCGGUAUAGGCGCAUCCCACCGUCUGAGUACGAGGUAGUGAAGGCACACAUUAACCAACUUCUUGAGGCCCAAGUAAUUAGAGAGAGCUGCAGCCCAUAUGCUUCACCCAUUGUCUUGGUUAAGAAGAAGGACGGUAGUCUGCGCAUGUGUGUAGACUACCGUCAGUUAAAUUCUAAGACCAGGAAGGAUGCUUUUCCUUUACCCCGCAUUGAGGAGACGUUGGACUCACUGACGGGGGCACGUUGGUUUUCUACCAUGGACCUUGCCAGCGGGUACAAUCAGGUCCCUGUGAGUGAGGCAGAUAGGCCCAAGACUGCUUUUUGUACUCCAUUUGGGCUCUUCGAAUGGAACAGGAUGCCGUUUGGGCUGUGCAAUGCCCCCGGCACCUUCCAAAGAUUAAUGGAAAGGUUGUUUGGAGACCAACAGUGCCAGUCUCUUCUCUUGUACCUGGAUGACAUUGUUGUGUUUUCCUCCUCAGUUGACCAACAUCUAGCUCGGAUGGAGGUGGUUUUAAGCCGGUUACUGAGGGAAGGGCUGAAGGCCAAAUUGUCCAAGUGUGCCUUCUUUAAACGUGAAGUGCAGUUAUUGGGUCACGUGAUCUCAGCAGAAGGGGUCUCCACAGACCCAGGUAAGAUUGAGGCGGUUUCUCAGUGGCCUCAGCCAAUUAGUGUUGCAAGGUUGCGGUCAUUCUUGGGGUUUGCUAGCUAUUACCGUCGUUUUGUGGAGGGGUUUGCGAGGCUGGCUGCUCCCCUCCACAGGUUGGUGGCAGAGCUAGCAACCCCAAAGCGGUCAAAGUAUGCAUCCCGGGAGUUUGUAGAAGCCUGGACUAUGGAGUGUCAGAGUAGCUUUGAACAAUUAAAGGGUAAACUUACCUCAGCCCCCGUGCUCGCUAAUGCCGACUUCUCCCUCCCUUUUAUUUUGGAGGUGGAUGCCAGUCAUGGGGGGCUAGGGGCAGUCCUCUCACAAGAACAGCAAGGUAAGGUGCGUCCCAUAGCUUAUGGUAGUCGAGGUCUGAGGCCCACUGAGCGCAAUACAUCUAACUACAGUUCUAUGAAACUUGAGUUUCUUGCGCUGAAGUGGGCCAUGACGGAAAAGUUUCGGGAGUACUUACUGGGACAUAAGUGUGUGGUUUACACGGAUAAUAACCCUCUUAGCUACCUGACCUCAGCCAAGUUGGGGGCCAUGGAACAGCGGUGGGCUGCCCAGUUGGCAGCCUUUGACUUUGAGCUUAAAUAUAGAUCGGGUAAGAGCAACCGCAAUGCUGAUGCCUUGUCCCGCCAAAAUCUUCCUGUAGUGGAGGAAGUUCAAGAGUUGUACCCAGGUACAGCUAUUCCAGUUGCGUUGCGCCAAGCUACCGAAGGUGGAUUGGUGACUCAGGUAAACCAAAUUGUGUCCUUUCCUGGUUGUUCCAUCAGUGAUAUUUCCCUUCAGCAGCAGGCCGAUUCAGUUAUCAGAGAGCUGUUGGUGUUUUGGAGGCGAAAAUUGCCACCCAGUUCUGAGGAACGGAAGAGACUGUCUAGGUCUGCUGUGAUCUUGCUCCGGCAGUAGGAUCGCCUGGUGGAAAAGGAGCAGGUGCUUUAUCGUCGGGUGUUUCGCCCAGAUGGUGGAGAGGAGGUCCUCCAAGUGUUAUUGCCGACAGCCUUGAAGUCAGAAGUGUUGAAACAAUUGCAUCAACCUCAUGGGCACCAGGGAGUAGAGCGCACUACUCAGUUGGUGUGGCAGCGAUGUUACUGGCCGGGGAUGUCCUCGGACAUUGCUCGCUGGUGCCAUGAGUGUGAGCGGUGUCAGUGUGCCAAGGGUGUCCAGUCCGCUCCUGUUGGCUUCAUGGGGCAUUUGUUGGCUGCAAGGCCAAAUGAGAUCCUAGCUUUGGAUUUCACAGUAUUGGAGCCUUCGAACUCUGGUCUCGAGGAUGUGUUAGUCAUGACCGAUAUCUUCACUAAGUACACCCAGGCUGUACCCACUAAGAAUCAACGAGCUGAAACGGUGGCCCAGGUCUUGGUGGUCGAGUGGUUCUCUAAAUUGGGGGUGCCUGGUCGUAUCCAUUCGGACCAAGGCCGAAACUUUGAGUCAGCCCUUAUUCAGCAGCUGUGUCAUUUGUACGGUAUUGAAAAGUCACGUACCACCCCAUACCACCCUGCUGGAAACGGCCAGUGCGAACGUUUCAACCGAACAUUGCACAAUCUGUUGCGCACCUUGCCAGUAUCAAAGAAGGGUGAUUGGCCAUCUUGUCUUCCCCAGGUGUUGUUUGCUUACAAUACGACUCCCCACCAAGCCACAGGGGAAUGUCCCUAUUUUUUGAUGUUUGGACAGGAGCCUAGACUUCCAGUCGACUUUCUGCUUGGUAGGGUUGAAGAGCCGCUGGCAGGUAGUGUUCAUCGAUGGGUCCUGGAGCAUGAGGAUCGUUUGCAAGUGGCAUUUGAGGGUACUCGUGAACGGUCGGGGGCUGCGGCUGAACGCCGAAAGGUCAGGCAUGAUUUACAAGUAAGGGCAUCACCACUGAAGGAGGGUCAGUUGGUAUAUCUCCGCGAUUAUAGCGUGAGAGGUCGACAUAAAAUCCACGACCUGUGGAGUUCAGUGGUGUACCAGAUCUUGAAGGCGCCUAAAGAAGGAGGUGUGGUGUAUACAAUUGCCCCCACCACAGAUUUACGUAAAUUAAAGCAUGUGCACCGAUCUUUGCUAAAGCUUCAGAUUGGCAGUUAUCCCUCUCCCAUCUUGCAGGAUGUUCCAUUAGUGGAACCUGUGCGGCCUCGGGAAGAGGAGUUAGACGAGGGAGACUUGUUUGUCUUGGUGCCUGAUACACCACAGGCUAGUGUUAUGCAGACACCUUUGGGUAUCACUCAGUCUGUCCCUCGGGGGUCGGUUGAAACCCAGGGAGUAGAAGAAAUUUCAGAGGCAGAGGAGAGUGUGCAACCAGUAACGGGCUCCCCUUCAGAUUCCGCCGAGACGGACGAGAGUGUGGUGAGGAGAACUGGAAGAACUACUGCUGGGCAGCACUCUAAUGUAAACCAUCUUCCACGGUCAUUGGUGCCAGGUACAGUGUCUAGUGUGGGCAGUAUGGCUGUUGCUUGGUUCCGUCCUUGGGACUGA